GACUCUUGAAUACCACUUAUAUUUGAGGUUAUGUAUUUAAGUGUAUAGUAGUAGUUUUAAUUUAUUUUUAUAGAAAAAAUGGGGACUUGUGAAGAAUUUUAUUCAACAAAUUCACCACCGAACGAUUAUGAAGAAAAACAAAAGCUUCUUAGAGAGUUUUGUGAACUUCAUAUCAAAAACAAACAAUAUAUUGUUCUGAUAACGUCUGGAGGUACUACUGUGCCAUUAGAGCAUAACACCGUGAGAUUUGUGGAUAAUUUUAGCGGUGGGGUUAGAGGAGCUGCUUCGGCUGAAUAUUUUUUAAAAUCUGGUUAUGCUGUUAUAUUUUUACACAGAUUAAAAUCGUUGGAGCCGUUUACUAGACAUUUUAGUGGACAAAAAUUUCUGGAAAUGUUAGAUUUAGAUGAAAAACAAUCAUCAAUAAAAGUGAAAUCUACGUUUGUUGAUACUGUAGCUCCAAUUCUUCGUAGUUAUAAAGCCGCCCAAGAAGGCGGUAAAAUUUUAUAUAUCAACUUUACAACUUUAUCAGAGUAUUUUUGGUUAUUGCGAGCAGCUUGUGAAAGUUUAUAUGAUUUUGGUCCUCAUGCUUUACUUUACCUAGCAGCGGCCGUUUCCGAUUUUUUUGUGCCCCCAAAUGAAAUGGCUACUCAUAAAAUUCAGUCCGGUAGUGGUCCACCAAAAAUACAAUUGCAAUUAGUACCGAAGUUGCUUGCUCCUAUUGUAAAUAAUUGGGUGCCGAACGCCUUUAUUGUGUCGUUUAAGUUGGAAACUGACGAAAAUAUACUGAUUUCCAAGUCAAGAGGGGCUUUAAAUAAAUAUAAACAUAACUUGGUUAUUGGGAAUAUGCUACAAACUAGACGUACACGAGUGAUAUUUGUGUCGCCGGAUAACCAAGAAGAAGUAAAAUUGAGUCGGGAGCAAAUAAUCGACGGUAUUGAAAUAGAGAAAAAGAUAGUCCACAAAGUUGUAACAGAACAUUGUAAAUUUAUACAAAAACAAUCGUAAUUUUCAAACGGAAGUUUGAAUUUUCUAGUUAAUAUAUCGGUGACUGUGAUUUUGUAAUUAUUUGAAAUUGUUUUUUUUUUGGGGGGAUUUCGAAGGUUUUGUAUUCCUCUUAUUUAAAACUUAUACAAUUAUUAUUAUUAUGACGAUAAUAAUAAAAAAUAUUUGAUGAAA